CUCAUGAUGGCGUGUUUCUGUAGAUUUCUGGCGUUCAUGGUUGUCUGCAUCAUGGUGGCGUCAGUUUCAACCGCUCCGAGUGCAACUGAAAUGAAGACCAAUUUGCAGGAUAUGCAAGCAAUGGCGGAGAACCUGACAGAGCGGAUGGGGGCAAUGUCGGCCAUAUUUAGUGAGAACGUGAGACUGAUGAACAGCGCUGAGAUCCGGUUGCGUCACAUGAUGAGUGUGGAGGGUGGACAUUGGGACAACAAAACUAAACAUGGUGGUGCAAUCUACACACGAUGGGGACAUGACAUGUGCCCGGAAGGAUCCUAUCUUGCUUACAGUGGUUUCAUGGUUGGAGGGCAUCAUUCCCAUGUUGGAGCGGGUUCCAAUAUCCUGUGCACUCAUCCCGAGCCGCAGUUUGACAGAACCUUCGCCAGAAACACGAGUUUGCACAAUUUUCUGUACGGAGCAGAGUACGAAGGGAUCUGGAAAACGGAUCUCACGAACCAGGACGCUCCAUGCGCUGUUUGCAUAAGUGCCACCGGAACAUCAAGCAUCUUGGUUCCUGGAAGACACGAGUGUAUGGAAGGUUGGAACACGGAGUAUUGGGGAUUUCUGGUUGGUCCAAAACACGAUGAUAAGGGGAAUUCUGAGCAUAUUUGUCUUGAUUCAGAACCAGCCGCCAUUGAAGGCGGCUACCAAAGCCAUGACGGACGUUGGUUGUUCAAUGUCGAGAGUCAGUGUGGAGCUCUGCCUUGUCCCCCGUACAAAAGUGGGUACUUUGUUCCUUGUGUGCUCUGUACUAAGUGAAACGAAUUUACAAAGACGCUUCAGAGCAAAUGGCCACCUAAACUGUAUUUGACACUAUCCUUGAUAAACUGGCAUUUGGGACACCAUGUAUAACAUACAUUAUCCUUGGUAAACUGAUACUUGUUGUACGUCGUAUAUUGCAUACUAUAACUGUGUUUUAAGAGUUCAUUGUAAUAUACUCUCCUAAAAAUGAAACGCAAAGGUAUAGUUUUUCAUGAAUAUAAUCUGCUAACGUUUUUUCUAUUGUUUCCAAUACGCUGAAUACAAGCAUAUUAAAGAAUAUAUACAUGCACAUUGGUAUAAAUAACAGCUUGUGGGCUCAACAGAGAUAUGAUACAUUAAAUAUAAAUAUCAACA